AUGACGUUCAUCGACGAUGACCUGCGACGAAUCGAUGCUGCCUUGGACAGAUUCCAGCUGAAGGAGGCGGAGGAAAGAGUGUCCGCCGCGACCACCGAGGGAGAGAGAGUCACCGCUCCAUCCAUCGAGGAUGCUCGAACUUCCGAGCUCAAAGCAGUAGUUAGAGCAUUAUCGACAACCUCAGGCUCCAGGCCGCUCCUACGUCGAUCCAGGUUGCGCAGCUUGCUUGGUCAACUUGCCAGAAAAGAGGGGGACCAGGUGGUCGCUGAGACGAUUACACCAGACAUCUCAAAUCUUGAAUGGAUUGCAACCGGCAAGGCUACUGCUCAAGUCUAUGGGUUGAUCCUCAAUUCCCUCUUGGACCGAACAAUUCCGUUAAGCGAGUCCAUCUGGUACUGGGACGAUAUCCUGGGAUCUUACGGAAAUAUUGUCCUCUAUACAAUUCAGACCUCGCCCAUAAGAUUCUGGCAUCAGGCUCAAGAGGUCUACGCUGAUGCACGACAGAAGUUCGCGCGAGGCCAUGAUCUCACGGCCUCCGCGAGACGGGCCACGAGGACCGUGACGGAGGGUUGGCGCGAGUUUUAUGGCCUGGUGCAAAACAGCAUACGAGAGCGUUCUCUUGCCCAAGCUCAAACAAAAAUCCUGUCGCCGUUUUCGAUAGCCCGCAUGGAAGUACGGAGGAAUCUAGAGCGCAUUCAAUAUCUCAGAAAGUCCAGUGCCGGAGCAAUUGGUAGACUUGUAAGAGAGUGUCUUGUCUUUGGUGGAGCCCCAGAAGAACGCAAACAAGGGGCCUUACUCCAAGUGCUGGAAGCGGAUGAAGAUGACUGGCAGACUACAAUAGCUCGAGCGGCCUAUCUACUAGACAUUGCUACAAGGGCUCAAGAUGAUGUUGAAGAGUUCAGUUUCGACCCGCAAACAGCCUCCUCAACAGAAGUUGCCAAUCUCUUGGUCAAGAUUCUCGAUGACCGCCUUCCAAAACAAGAGAGAGAGGCCCACAGCCUGCGAUUACAGUACGGGAAACCGUCGAGAUUGGUCCGCUACUGGAUUCCCGCCGUGGGCCUCCUCCUCUCAGGAAGUACUCUGCUUCGAAUACUUGUCAAUCGGAAAGCCGAAAUUGUCCAGUGGUUCCGAGAUCUAGGCCAAACGACCGUCGACUUCUGGACAAACUGGGUCAUUGAGCCGACGAAAAAACUGAUUGGCACGAUCCGCCACGACGAACAAAGCGAAAUCGCGAUCCAGAGCCGCGAUAGUCUUCGAGCCGACCGUGAAAGCCUGGAGCGGAUGGUGGUUGAUUUUGCCAUUCAGCAUCCAGAAAAGACGGGCACCAACUUCACGGAAGCACAGAUUGCAGAAAUCAGGCGGAAGGUGAAGGAAGGAGACCUCACCCCGGUCUUGAGGGCGUAUGAACGCGAGAUGCAGAGUCCCAUCAAGAACGCCAUCAUGGGUGAUCUGGUCCGCACCUUACUCAUCCAAGUCCAGAAGACGAAAGUUGACGUCGAGGUCGCCAUCGGCGGAAUAGAUUCUCUGCUCAAGAGCCAAGAAUUACUGUUUGGCUUUGUCGGAAUCGCUCCUGGGGUCUUGAUCUCCUAUUUCUUGUUUCAAUGGCUGAGGAGCAUGCUCGGCGGUCGCAAAGGGUUACGCCAGGGCAAGAAAAAGGGCGACACAAUUCGUCUCAUCAGAAACAUCGACCGCACAUUGACCUCCUCGGACCUAGACCUGAUGGACCAAGGAGGCAUUAUCUCGGAAGAAAACCACGGCUUCCUCCUCUGCCAGACGCACCUGCUUCGCCAGCGCGCCGCCCAGGUGCUGCCACGGAGUGUGUGGAGGGAGUUCCUUGAGGAUCUGGGCGAUCUGCUCGACGUCAAGCAGGGCGUGAAUCGCCAGGUACAGGUCGUCAGACGAAUCGAAUGGGCCUAUGCGAAGUGGUUGAGGUGA